AUGAACUACGUAUCAAUAUUAUUCGCAUUCUUCGCUCCUCCCUACGUGGUGUUUGCACAACAAGGACCUUGCGAGAUACCUUUAAACGGUGGCCAAGGGCAAUGCAAGUCAAUCUUCAAGUGCCAACCGUUACUGUCUUUAGUCAAUCAAGCGAAGAAAAAGCUGCAAGAAAAAGAUCUGCUACACAGGUCAUAUUGUGGUAUAGAUGAUGAUACACCAGCUGUGUGCUGCCCUAAACAUAAUGAGACACAACCGUGCAUUACUCCAGAAGGCAAGCCAGGCCAAUGCAUCAGCUUGUACUCUUGCUCUCAAUUUACAACUUUGCUAAUGCAACCUCUAACGAACGAUAUAAGGGAAUUCGUGCGGAUUUCAAAAUGUGACGGUAUGGACCAAUACAGUGUGUGCUGCGGGCCCAUCCCAAACUUUGACAUUGUCAAAGGAAACUGUACACUUACAGCUUUCCCACCUGAUCCCAGGACUGAAUGUUGCGGGGUGGAUAGCAGAUACCAAAAUAAAAUUAUAGGCGGUACGGCGACAGACAUCGACCAGUACCCAUGGUUAGCGAUGUUGGAAUUAAAUAAAAAUGGUAAGCAGAGGUCGUUUAGCAUGGGAGCCCUUAUCAGUGGGAAAUAUGUUGUGACUAGCGCCUCAAUAGCUGUUAGCGAUACUCUUGGCAAAAUUGUAAACAUUGUUCUUGGAGAAUAUGACACCAGUAACGAAGGUCCCGACUGUGUUGAAGUUGAUGGUGGUGGUGUGGACUGUACUGAAGGUGCUAUUAAAAUACCGGUUGAGAGGAUUAUACCACAUCCCCAAUUCAAUGCAAAAGAGCGGAUUAAUGAUAUAUCAUUGAUUAGAAUGAAGCAAAAUGCACCCUAUACAGACUUUAUCCGACCAAUCUGUCUCCCUACCGCAGAUGUUACGUUAAAAUCUGAACAUUUUUAUUUGGUUGCUGCCGGUUGGGGUGCAAUUAGUGUAAGCCAAUCCUCGACAAACAUAAAACAUUAUGUGUAUCUACCUCACGUAAGCCGGGACCAAUGUCAAAGUGCGUAUUCUUCGAGGCCUAGGCUUGUCGAAAUAAGGGAGACCCAUCUUUGCGCCGGAGGUGAUGAGGGAAGAGAUACUUGCAAAGGUGAUGGUACUCUCAUGUACAAAAACGGCAUUACGUACGAAUAUGCUGGAAUCGUUAGUUUUGGGGCCGUUCCAUGUGGCCUAAAAGAUGUACCUACAGUUUACACAAAUGUAUACAAAUACAAUAAUUGGAUUCGAAACAACAUUGUACCUUAA